AUGUAUUCAAUUGUUUGGGAUUUUGCUGGACAACCUGUCUACUAUGCAACGCAUCCGCUUUUUCUCACACAAAGAGCAGUGUACCUGUUAGUUUUUGACCUCAGCCGAGGUCUUCAUGCAAGAGCCGAUCCCACCGUAAAGCAAGGAAUGUACAGCAUGAUUUUAGACAACCACGAUUGUAAAAGUAACCUAGACUAUCUGGAUUUCUGGAUGACAUGGGUUGCUUCAAUAGGCAAUCAAGAUGAAAACCAGCAGAUACGUUUGGAUCAAUCACCAAUGAAUAUUCCCCCUGUGUUCCUUGUUUGCACUCAUGCUGAUGAACCCUGUGGUGGAGUAGAUCCAUUUGUGCUAGCGCGUGAAGUAUUUGGUUCCUUGGAGACCAAGCCUUACAAAAACCAGUUGUAUCAAGACGUUUUUGUUGUGGAUAACACAAAGUCAGGAAGUAAAGCAGAGUGUUCAGAAGUUAAGCGCUUGUGGGAAAAAGUCCGUGCUGUUGCUAAGGAGCUACCACAGAUGAAAGAAGACUACCCGGUAAAGUGGCUAAGAUUCGAAAAGGCUCUUCAAACCGCAGUAAGGGAGGGGAAAAAGUGGAUUUCCCUGGAGGAGACAAGGCUGAUUGCGUCCAAACUGUGUCACAUUGAGGAUGAUCAAGGAUUUGCAACCUUGUUGAACUUUCUACAUGACCAGAGAAUCUUGAUUCAUUUUGACAGUUCACCACUUUUGAAUAAUAUGGUGAUCCUGGAUCCUCAGUGGUUGGUCGAAUUGUUUACUUCGGUGAUAACCGUAAAGCCGGGUCCCUAUGAAGGAAAAGAAAGAGAAUUGUGGAGAAGGCUUCAGACAGAGGGAAUCUUGGAGUAUAAACUUUUGGAACUUGUGUGGGAUCCUUUAUCAAUUCCAAAAGAAAUGUUUCCGAGCCUUCUAGAAAUCAUGGAGAAAUUCAGCUUGCUUUGUCCUUGGCCAUCAUCAGAUGCUUCAUGUAGCAAGCAGUAUCUCGUGCCCUCUAUGCUAAUGUCUCAUCCACCAAAGGAUAUUAUCAAGUUGGUAGCCUCUGCACAAAUUCCAUCCUUUUAUAUUAGGUUCGAAUCUGGGCAGGUUCCUCCAGGCUUUUUUCCCCGACUUGUGUUGCAGUUUUUUCAGUGGGGCCAAGACGGAGUUUGGAGGGCAGAGAAUCCUCAGUUGUACGCUAAUUUUGCGCGGUUUUACACCUCUGCAGAUGACGACUGCUCUGUAAUUCUUCGAUGCCAUUCAUCGUGUAUUGAAGUUGUGGUUCACAGAGGAAAUGCCAGUACAAACUUGACAGCAUGUUUACAAUCCAAGCUGAACCUGUCUGCAGUUCCCAACUAUGAUGGAUUUGAAGAGGCCUGUGCUCGUGCUGUGCGAAGACAACUGGUGUUGAUGCUUGAGUGCAUGCGAGAAGAAUUCUUUUGGUUUAAGAAUAUGAAAUAUAAAAUAGGUGUGAUCUGCCCUGUUUGUUGCCAAGAAAGUAAAGCUAAUUACUGCUGCAAACAUCACAAGCAGUGGUGGUGUGAGCAAGAGGAAUGUCUGCACUUCAUAUCUGAGUCUGAUUUGCGCAAGGCCAAAGACUUCAUCAGGUGUCUGAGGUGCCCUACAGCGGAAAUUAACAAAGUUCACGUCAAACGGUUUGCACCUUGGUUUGAAACUUCUGAUGAACAGGUGAAAGACUCCAACUUUUGCUGUAAAUUGCUUUAAAACAUUUACUACCAAUCUCGACUAUUUUUAUCUACUCCUUUAGUGCCAGUCUUUUGUUAUCCCAGACACUCCAAUCAAACCCUCUCGUUUUCUUAAACCUCAGUAUGUUCUCACGAAAACGAUGGCAACAAACCUAUUAGAAAGAGUGUAACCGGUAUUAAGUGGUCCCCAUUUUAAGCGAACACUAUCGUGAUUGAUUCCUACUCUUUUCUCUCCUUAUUACCUGUAAACCCAACCUGGUUUUAGUGGACAUUUCGAUCUACCAUACUAGCGAUGGUCCCGUGGGUGUACGCUNAUGUUUACAAUCCAAGCUGAACCUGUCUGCAGUUCCCAACUAUGAUGGAUUUGAAGAGGCCUGUGCUCGUGCUGUGCGAAGACAACUGGUGUUGAUGCUUGAGUGCAUGCGAGAAGAAUUCUUUUGGUUUAAGAAUAUGAAAUAUAAAAUAGGUGUGAUCUGCCCUGUUUGUUGCCAAGAAAGUAAAGCUAAUUACUGCUGCAAACAUCACAAGCAGUGGUGGUGUGAGCAAGAGGAAUGUCUGCACUUCAUAUCUGAGUCUGAUUUGCGCAAGGCCAAAGACUUCAUCAGGUGUCUGAGGUGCCCUACAGCAGAAAUUAACAAAGUUCACGUCAAACGGUUUGCACCUUGGUUUGAAACUUCAGAUGAACAGGUGAAAGACUCCAACUUUUGCUGUAAAUUACUUUAAAACAUUUACUACCAAUCUCGACUAUUUUUAUGUACUCCUUUAGUGCCAGUCUUUUGUUAUCCCAGACACUCCAAUCAAACCCUCUCGUUUUGUUAAACCCCAGUAUGUUCUCACGAAAACGAUGACAACAACCCUAUUAGAAAGAGUGAAACCGGUAUUAAGUGGUCCCCAUUUUAAGCGAACACGAUCGUGAUUGAUUCCUACUCUUUUCUCUCCUUAUUACCUGUAAACCCAACCUGGUUUUAGUGGACACCUCGAUCUACCAUACUAGCGAUGGUCCCGUGGGUGUACGCUUAAUACAGUUUUAUUUAGCGUUUUCUCAAUGCUCUGUUGGUUAAGACCGCAGGAAAUCACUGGCACGUGUUUCUUUACAAGUGAUGUUUAGAGAAAGUCGUCAACACCACAUGUAAACCUUCUUUGUUACAGGCUAUAGCUGAUGCAAGUGAGCCAAGACAUUCCGCUUCUGGAGGUGGUAAGACUGUCACACUAAUAGCGUAGAUGGAUAAUGUAGAAGAGAGAACUAAGUUAUUGUGUGUAAUUAAAAACCAUUCCGACAAAAAUAUUCGUCUCUUGGAGAUAUCUUAAUCUACUUCUAGCAUUCCCUGGUAGUUAUCUUUAUACUGGAAACUUGGUAGGCUUCGAAAUGACUAAUAUCCCAAACAAACCAAUCUGUCCCUGCCGGGGAUAGCGCUACAAAGCGCCUGUGCUUUUUGUCUGAAUGCUACAAGUCGAACAUGAAUUCGAAGUUGUAAAACAUCAUUGCCUUUCGCAGGAAUUGAUGAAAAAUUGCCUGUACUUCCAAGCAAGGCUAUAGAAACACUCAUGUCCCAGCCGUGUGACUCCAGAGAGGUAGUACUUCAACUGAAAGACUGUUUGAAACUGGAUGAAGUUGUCUUAGAGCAUCCAGACUCUGAGACCAAACGAUUGAUUCGUUGCCUUGCAAAUAAAGCAAAACAGUCCAACAGGCCUGACGUGCUCAGAGAAUUGAGAGAGAUUACACCAGCUGGAACUACAGGUAUAGAGUUUGUCGUGGGCCGGGGUUAAUGUAAGUACGGACGCGGAGAUAAUAUUUUGGAUUGGUGGGGAAAGCUGGCGGUUAGGGCGAGUUCAGCGAGUUAUCUAGGAGAGUCCAGGCAUGCUUCUCCGGAAAAUUUUGAAAUAUAGAGUUUCUGGAAUUGCUUAGUAUUGGUGAUUUUUUAAAAAAAGGACGAAACAUUUUCCGAAACAUUUCCGUACGAACAAUAGCACAGUCCGAACAUUUUACUGUCGAUGGAUUUUUGACUGAGGCGUAUGCAAUAUCGGCGGUAUAGACUUAUUUCAGAGAGGUUGCUUAAAUCAGUAAUAGCUUCACUGUGUUUCUUUUCUUGGCGUUGUGUUCAAAAAAUCAGUUUCCUAAACAAGGCGGGUCAAAAAUUUCAAGAAAAAACAAAAAUAAUGUCCCUAAAUAAUGUGCGAAAGUUGUUUUUCACUCAGCUUUUGUCUCUAAAGUGAAUUCCUCUAUCCAGCUCCUUCUUUCUUUUAGAUCCAUUUUGUUAAUUUCUUUAAGCCCUGCACUGAUUUGUUACCCUUUUUGACCUCGCUCUCUUUCCUGUAGGUCCUUUGUUGCCCGAGUGUCUUGAUGUUAUGAAUAUACCUACUUCUCAAAUAGAGAGACUUACACUUCAUUUAAGCGGUGAGUGUCAUUUAUCUUGUGACAGGUUCAUCAGUAAUUCUCAUUUUUGGAAUUAAAAGACAGCUCAGAAUGGUCACAGAGAAAUAACUUUCGUUAUAAUUGUACUGACCUCUGUGAGUGAAUGCACUAUCAGAUUGUAUGUGAUCUUUCGAAUCUUUUAAUUGCACCUUAGAGUGUAUCGGGUUAUUAGCACUAUAUGCUAGAGGCCUAACUAGGCUCAUGUAAAGCCGAGGGUAAAUAAAGUUUAUUUGUCACCUUUCACACCUAGAAUGCACUUUGACAAUGUUAUGACGUUAUUUUAUCUUUAAUAUGAGGGCAGACAGACAAAAAAAACUGGGGUCAGUUUGUUGAUUGGAAGCGGUGUACUUCGCUAUUAACUUGGCGGGAAAAAUUGGAAUUUACACGUACGCAGGCGGUUUUUAAGAAUUUAGUCUUUAAUAUGGUAAUUAUCAUAUUCCUUUAAAGAAAAUUGUAUUAUUCCUUUUUGUAGGAGGACAGGAGUGGAAGCAGCUUGCUGAAAAACUAGGCUUGGCUCCACACGAGAUUCGUUUCCUUGAUAACCGAGUAAUGAACCCGUGUGAAGCUGCUAUUGCGUUUAUUGCUAGACAGCGGUACAUCACUGUAGGAGAGCUGUAUGACACGAUAAGCGAGUGUGAGCUUCCUCUUGUAGCUGACAUUCUGUAA